UAAAUAGAAUGGAAGAGGCCGCGUUCUGAAUUAGAGGUGGGGGGGAAAUCGCAAAAGCGGAAGGGAAGAAUUGUCUUUUCCUCCCCGCGGUGUGGAAAGUACUGGAGCGAACGAAAGUGGAAGAUGCUGGAUUGUUCCCGGAAGCCGUAUCCAUUUGGUGCCUGCUGCUUUGAAUGAUAGUAAUGCGAUUUCGUGCUGCUACAAGGAAUCCUCUUCUUUACUCACAUCCUAACACGAAGAUAUGGUCGUUUCCUUUUUGGAACAGCUCUUGCACCAGUUAACUAGGAAAAGAAAAAUAACCUAAGUUUUGUGUUGAGUAAUUCAGACCUAUAUUCACUUGGGACAGAGUUGACAUCCCUUUUACAACACUAUUUGUAUGUUGAAAUAUUGAAUUUUGGCAUAAUUUAAUGCCUAGGAAUUCUGAAAUAUUAUUAAGUGCUUGAAUUUGGAAAUAGUUCUAAUUUAUUACAUUUACAACAACCCUGGUUAACUAUCAGAAUGAACCAGCCACCACAAAUAAUUAGUCAUUAUAUAUGCGAAACCUUUAAAAUUUUAUUGUAGCAUAAAUAUUCCUGCAGUUUUUUCUUUUGUUUUGUUUUUUUUGAAGCAGAAAACUACUGCAGUUUUUCUUUGAAGCCUGAAGCUCAGCAAAUUUAACACACUGUAAUCAUUUUUAAAACUUGAAGCUUUUGAAUUUAAUUUUUGUCCUUUUUUUAAAAAAAAAAAAGACAAAAAUUGAAAAUAUAGUAAUUUUGUAUCAAAAUUUGAACUCCCAUUUCAUCCAAGUUUGGUCUUGUUUUGAUGAUACUGCUGCUUUAUCAUGUCAGAAGAAAACUUAUUGGAAGAAGAUAUCUGGGAAUAUAAAUCCAUAAGAAAACCAAAAUUGGGGAAUUCAGAUGUUUCUAAUUCUGUUCAAAAAGCAACUGAUGGUAACUGCAAAUUAAAAGGAUGUGAAAGUAAAAUCAAAAGGGCUGUGAAAAUUAAGGAAAAACCUAAGAAUAAUGAAUUGUAUUUAGGAGAAAGAGAUUCUCAGACACUUGUGUCUGAACCUAAUCUAAAUAGUGCCAAUAAUAUUCAGCAGUCCCUGGGUAAAGUAACUAAAAAAGCAAAAGUUGGAAAGACAAAUAAAAAAUUAACCCCAACAAAACAGCAUCCAGUUUACAGUGGAUACUGUCCUAGCUGCCAAAUGCCUUUUUCCUUACUGCUGGGUCAGACACCUCGGUGGCAUGUUUCUGAAUGUUUGGAUGCUCCACAAUCCUCAAAAAGAGAGUGUCCUGAUGGUCUACUCUGUACUUCUACAAUUCCUUCUCAUUACACACGCUAUGCUCAUUUUCUGCUUGCUCAAAGUAGAGCAGGGAAUGAUUAUUUUAGCUCUCCAACUUCUAUGUCAAGCAGCAAGUUUCUUAGUUCCAAUGAUACUAAAUCAGGCUUUCUCUGUAGCCUUGAGGAAAGAUGGACUCAGUGUCAGAAACAAACAGAGAAUGCAAAAAAUGUUUCAAAUGAUCCCUUGUUGAUAACAUUGAGUCCAAGAAAACUUCAAUCUCCAAAUGAAACUAAUAAAAAGAUUUCAUUUUCCACAAACAUCUCAAAAUCCCAACAGACUAUGCAGUUCACAGAAUUUGUUGAUAAUGACAAACUUGAGAGCUCUGGUUUGCCUCUUCCUGAUGAAGAAUUAGAGAGACAGAACAGCUCAGAAUAUUUGAACCUUCCAUUGCCAGAAGCUGAUCUCAGCGACUGUGAAAUAUCCUAUUCUCCUCUCCAAAGUGAUGAAGAAACUUAUAAUAUAGAGGAGCAACUAGAGAAUUCACAAAAGGAACUAUUUAUUGCUGAAAACUCUGAAAAUUGCAGCAUUGAAGAGGAGGAUGACAGCUGUAUCCUGUUUAGAAAACUCUGUCGAACCUUACAGGAAGACUAUAAGCCUGACUUCAGGAAAAUGAAAAGUUACAUAAACCAGAAUAGAUAUGAUGAAGAAUUGAAUAUAGACCACUCUUUAAAUGAUUUUUCUAAAUCUGUUUCCCAAAAUGAGAGGACCAAGGCUUCUGAGACAGCAUGUACUAAUCAUUUCGAAUGCUUUUCAACUUCUUUAGUUGGGGAGCUGAAUUCUACUAAAUAUCAAGUCAAUAAAGAGGCCUCUGAUGAGCCAAGACUGUUGUCAUCCCAAUCAAGUAGAGAGAAUAUGUCUCCUGAAGAAUCAGAUGUUUGCAGUUGGGCUUCUCAACAAUUUAACAGUGAAAUGUCAAAGUCCUUGGAAAGCAAGGAAGAAAACACUUCUCCUGAGUCAACUCAAAGUGAAAUGAUAAAAGAAUCAAAUUCAUCCUUUCAUGGUAAAACGAAUAAUCACAUAAAUUUCUGCAGGGAAGCAUUGGAUAGUAACCUAGGUAAUAAGGCUUCAGUUUUAGAUAUGGAAGCUUUUCAUAAUAAAACAACUGCACAUAUGUCUACAGAGAUAUUACUGCCAUGUACUCCCAACUCAAACACAAGACCAUCUACUAAAGUAUUAAAACAAAUGGAUAUAGGUGUGUUUUUUGGGCUACCACCAAAAGCAAAGGAAGAGAAAACACCAGAGAAAAAUUCUUUGAAAAGAACAAAAAAGGCAAGUCCUAAUGAAAAACAGUCAGGGCAGAGCAAGAGAAAAAGAGAAGGCUCUUUGGAUGAUUUGGAACUUGACAUACACAACUUAAAUAGAACUGAAACCUCUGUGAAAUCAUCUUGGGAAGGGUCACAAAGAAGAAAAAGAUUUAGAAAGUCAGCUAUAAUAGAAGAAAAUACACAAUUAAGAGAAACUGAUGAGCUCAUGAAUAAACGUGAACAAUUGACAAAUAAAAUAGGUAAAGGUGGAUCACAGAGGUGGAGAAAAAGGUUUCAAGAUAAAGGUUAUUCUGAAGGAGGACUGAAGGAAAAGAAAUGUCCCUUCUACAAGAAAAUACCAGGAACUACCUUUACUGUUGAUGCCUUUCAGUAUGGAGCAAUAGAGGGCUGUACGGCCUAUUUCCUCACACAUUUUCAUUCGGACCAUUAUGCUGGCUUGUCAAAAAAGUUUACAUUUCCAGUUUAUUGUAGUAAGAUAACUAGCAAUUUGGUGAAGAGCAAGCUUUGUGUGCAAGAACAAUACCUUCAUCCUCUGCCAAUGGACACUGUGUGUACAGUAAAUGGUAUCAAAGUUGUCUUGCUUGAUGCUAAUCAUUGUCCAGGUGCUGUUAUGAUCCUUUUUUAUCUUCCAAAUGGGACUGUUACAUUGCACACUGGAGACUUCAGAGCAGAUCCUUCCAUGGAACGCUAUUCUCUUCUUGCCAGCCAGAAAGUCCAUACACUUUACUUAGACACAACAUAUUGCAGCCCAGAAUAUACUUUUCCUUCCCAGCAAGAAGUUAUCCAGUUCGCUAUCAACAUUGCCUUUGAGACAGUAACCCUAUCCCCACGCACUCUUGUUGUCUGUGGUACUUAUUCUAUUGGAAAAGAAAAAAUAUUCCUAGCAAUUGCUGAUGUUUUAGGUUCCAAAGUAAGCAUGUCCCAGGAAAAGUACAAAACACUACAGUGCUUAGAGCUUCAAGAAGUUAAUUCUCUCAUUACUACAGACUGGAGUAGUGCAUUAGUACACCUUCUUCCCAUGAUGCAAAUUAAUUUUAAGGGUUUGCAGAACCAUUUGAACAAAUGUGGUGGGAAAUAUGAAAACAUUUUGGCUUUCCGACCUACAGGGUGGACACAUUCUGAGAAGUUUGCCUCUUUAGCAGAUAUUGUUCCCCAAACCAAAGGAAAUAUUUCAAUAUAUGGAAUUCCUUACAGUGAACACAGCAGUUAUCUGGAAAUGAAACGCUUUGUCCAGUGGCUAAAGCCACAAAAAAUCAUAUCUACAGUAAAUGUUGGUUCCUGGAAAUUCAGGAAUACGAUGAAGAAAUAUUUUAAUGAAUGGAAGCAUGAAGCUGGCUAUUGAUUAAAAGACUGAAAAAUGACCUUAAAUUAUCCAACCCCACAUGUGGAUUUUUUUUUUUCCUUUUAGCAUCUAAGUUGUCUCCCCCAUGAAUAUACAUGCACUUUAUUUAAAAACCACAUAAAUAUCCAUAAUUUUUUGAUAUGAGGUUUAUUUUCUCAUAAUUUACAUUUGCAAUAAAAUACACAGUAUGCUGACUGGCUGCCACUGAAUCUUCAAUGAGAGUGAAAAUGUUUUUCCACUCUAAAGUUUUCUUAAAUUCUGUUGCCUGUAUCCUGUGAGAAAACAGCAAGAACAGACUAUUGAGCAUUUUUCAAGUACCUUCUCUUCUUUUUUUACCUUCUCUUCCUUAGGAUUCUGUCUGGCUUGUAUAGAUGAAUAUAUAGUUGUCUUCAUUUCCAAAUAACUUUCUGGGAGUGAUUUAGGCCAUAUGCAACAAAAAUGGGGUACAACAAAAUGUACACCAGGCUGAAAGUAUUAUAAAUUAGUUAUUAUAUGUAGUAAUGAAUCUCAUGAUGAAAUUCAUUCCAUUUUUUACAAGAUGGAACUUUUAUAGCAUUUUAUAUAUUUUUAAAAUAAAUAAAAUGAGCUAA